AUGGCUAUCUCCCUUCGACGCGCGGUGACCGUCGCCGCCUUUCUAGAAUCCGUUUCUGCUAAUAUCUUGCCGUCAUUCAAUUAUGGUACGGAUAAACUCGUUCUCGAAUCCUGGAUUACUCCAUCUCUAUUCGAAAAUACAGGUGACUCAGGCAAUAUUCGCUUGGAGUGGACCUUUUGCGAGUAUCAAGAUACCGACACUGCGAAAGAAAUGUUGCAGGAACAUUGGAGUACCUGGAUUACUGAAUUUGAUUUUGCCGACAUUGCUGCUGAGGGUUUGAAUCAUGUUCGUCUUCUCAUCGGCUAUUGGGCAUUACCCGUCAGUCUCCUUCUUCCAUGGCGGCUGUCGGAUAGUGGAUGGCAUUCAAAUCGCACAAAUAUCGGACGGAGCAACGACAUUUUCUACAAGAUGUCUUCAAUGUUUGCAGACAAGGUUGACAUGAUAGAAGCGUUGAACGAGUUGAGUUCAAUAUAUCCUUCGCAUUGUUACCAUGAGUUCAUUGGAUUAAAGCCAGCUGGGUUUUAUGGCGAUGUGGCGCUGCUCGCCAUAAAGGAGUACUAUUAUGAUGGAUAUCCUGCCGUUCGAUCGAACCAACAAAGGAACGCCCUUGUUUUAAUCCACGACGCAUUCCAAGACCUGAGCUAUUGGAAAGACUUCAUGUGCCCUGAAGACAAAUAUGACGGUGUGGCCAUGGACAUACAUAGACACCAGAUGUUCUCCAACGCAGUCUGCCCGAUGUGCCAGGAGGGACUGUCGUUGUGUUCCUUCCAUCUCUGGACAAUCGUCGGCGAGUGCACGGCCGCUCCUAUUGAUUGCGCAAAGUAUCUCAAUGGAAAUUAUUUUGAUGACAGUCCCAAGUUUGGUGACUGCCGUUGCAAGACAGGCUCUGCGAAUGGUUUUAGCAAAGAAUACAAAGCCUUUCUGAGGAAGUACUGGGAGGCCCAGCUUGUGACAUAUGAGAAGUCCACGGCCGGUUAUAUAUACUGGACCUGGAAGGCAGAGUUUGCGGACGAUUGGAGCUACCAAGCUGGUCUUGCGUAUGGUUGGAUUCCCCGAAACCUUAUAAAUCGGCUAUACCCUAAUAUCUGUGGAUAA